AUGGGGCGAUUAUACCCCAUUUUUAUAGCCUCUUUGGCGGCGAUGGGGUCGUUUCUGUUUGGUUAUGAUAGUGGUGUCAUGACUGAUGUGAUUGACUCGGCGAAUUUUCUGGAAUACUUCCAUACGACGCAGACGUCGGCGAUCAUUGGGGCUAUCAAUAGCGCCUACUCCGGUGGUGCAAUGAUCGGUGCUUUUCAAGGUAGUUUCACCCUGGAUCGCUUUGGCCGCAAGGUGACGAUUCAAAUGGGCGCUUUGAUCUGCCUCGUCGGCGCAACGCUCCAGGCGGCGGCUCAGAAUUUAUCCAUGAUCCUUGUUGGUCGUAUCUUGGCGGGCUGGGGUGUCGGGAUCAUGUCUAUGGCGGUCCCCGUUUACCAAGCUGAGUUUGCGCAUCCCCGCUCUCGGGGCUUGAUUGUGGGGUUGUCGCAGCAGAUGAUUGGUGUUGGUUUUAUCGUUAGCACAUGGGUGGGAUAUGGCUCUCUCCGUGCAUCAGACACCAGCCAAUUCCAAUGGCGAUUCCCGCUAGCCUUCCAAGUUGUGCCAGCUCUCGUUCUCGUCAUCGGGAUGGUCUUUGUACCAGAGUCUCCACGGUUCCUCGUUGAGAAGGGUCGCUAUGCAGAGGCUAUGCGCGUGCUUCAGAAGCUGCAUUAUGAUGGAAGCAACGGCGACUGGGUCGACGCAGAGUUCAACGAGAUAUACCAGGCUAAUGAAUCUGGAAAGUUGGUCGCAGUCCCCGGUUGGGUCUCGUUGUUCACUGUUGCGAAGUGGCGCACUCGUAUGCUUCACGGCCUUGCCGUCCAGGUGUUCACUGCAAUGACCGGCGUCAACGUGAUCACUUAUUACCAAACGAUCAUGUACAAAGCCCUAGGUAUCACAGGCAGUCGCAACACACUGGUCGCAGGGAUAUACAACUGUGUGGGCCCACUGGCCAAUCUGAUCUUUGUGGUGUUUUUCCUCGACCGAGUCGGGCGACGGAAGCCUCUGCUCUUCGGCACUGUAGCGAUCUCCCUAGCGCUGACCUGUGAGGCCAUACUCACAUCACAGAAUCCAGACGGGGAGCGGGUAGGAUACAGUAUUGGGGGGGUAUUUUUCCUUUUUGCCGUAUCGGUUGCCUUCUCGGUAUCGUUUGGGCCGUGCAGCUGGGUAUAUAUGGCCGAGGUCAUGCCAAUGCAGAUUCGCAGCAAGGGCAAUGCAUUCGCAGUCGGGAUUGGUAACUGGGCGAUCAAUACCUUGUGGAAUCAGGUCUCACCCAUUGCACUCGGUCAGAUUCAGUGGAGAUUAUAUUUUGUGUUUGUGGCAUGGAAUCUCUGCGUGUCAUUUCCAAUAAUUUAUUUCUUCUUUCAGGAGACUAAGCAGAAAAGUCUCGAGGAGAUUGAUCUGCUCUUUGAUCAGUCGCUCGACCGGAUAGCAGAGACAGUGGUUCAAGAGUCAGACAAGGAAGUAUCGCCAAAUGUGGAAUCAUUUGCAGAAUUAAAGUAUCGGUAG